UUCGAAGUAACUGCCAUCUAGUGGAUUCUUUUUCAUUCUUUCAUAGGAUGAGUUGGUUUCUUGUUUUUAGCAGAAAAUUUUGUUUACUUUUGUUGUUAUUAAAUUGGUGUUGAUAAUUUGCUGAGAAUGACAGCUAAUCGUUGGGAAGAGCUUCGGCGAGAGGCCAGACUUUUAGAGAACGAUAUUGAUUCAAAGCUUUUAGCUUUCUCUAAAUUUGCCUCAAGAGAUUCAACCAGUUCCUCUAGUGAAUCUGUUCCACUUCUUGAAGAUACAAACGAUGUAUUCGAAAGGAUUACCAGUGAAAUUGAAAGAUUAUUGAAAAAAUUAACCGACAUCAAUAACAAUAUGUCCGAAUAUACCAAACAGGUUCAGAAUUCAAGUGCAAUUUACACUGUGCAACGUCACCGGGAAAUUUUGAAUGACUAUUCCAAUGAAUUUAGAAAAACAAGAAGCAACAUGAUGGAUGUUAUCCAAAGGGAACAAUUGUUGUCCGGUAAUAAGAGAAACACUGAUUAUCCUUCCCUAUCUUCCACUAAUAAGAUAACCGACCUUUACCUGAAGGAACAAGAGCAUAUUAGAAAUUCAGAAAUAAUGAUUGAAGAGCAGAUUAAUAUUGCUUCAAGGACCAGAGAGAAUCUAAUCAACCAGAGGACUACAUUCAAAGCUUUCCAAACACAAAUGACAACCUUAGCCAAUCGAUUCCCUUUAAUCAAUAGUUUAAUUCACCGGAUAAACAUCCGAAAAAGGAAAGAUACGAUAAUCAUCAGUGGUGUAAUUGCUGUUUGCACUUUUUUCCUGAUCAUUUUCAUCUUCUAAUUUAAUCUGUAACGUGUUUUGACUUUGCCGUGAUCCCAAAUCAAGUCGAAGUGAUAAUCUUUCAAGUCUAAUUGCAUCGGAUCUAAUUCAAUACUGGUACUUGUCACCAACAAGGUUAUCCAAUUAAUCAACUAAAUUGAGAUUUUCCUUGUGAAAUCAUGAAGAUUGUCACUCUUAUUAACUAUUCUAAUCAACCAAAGACAUGGAAAAUAAAUUAACCGAAAAGAUUUAAUCAUCUUGGUAUCAUUUGGACACUAUUUCUAACGUUGUGAUUUGAAAAACGAUUGCAAAAGAAACUAUUAAGAAAAAGUCAAAAUCGUCACCGGAUAAUAAUCAAAGUUUAAUUUUUUUAACGUAUCAAGAAAACACAGAAAAAAACAGAAUUAAUGUUUAUUCAAUUUGUAUCACUGGAUCGAUGAUAAUUACUCGAUUUGUAGUAAUUAAUGUUGUAUGAUUUGCUUUCUCCCCAAAGACCUGAAGAAUUGCACUUAUUUAUAUCAUACAAAAAUAAUAAAAUCCAAAAGAAUCAUUUUUAAUUAAUAACAA